UGAUGUUUCUUUGGCGAUAUCGGAUGACGACCCGAUGCGGGUAUGCUAGCCAUUCUUCCAGAACAAUUGAUGGCUUGGAGGUUCUUAAAUGCAGUCAACCCUUCGUUCGUCUUCUCUCUGCCUUUCACUGCACUUUAUAAUUAUAAUUACUUUUGUAGUCGAGUUGAAGCUUCGGAAUUGACCUGACCAUUGAUCACUCACCAACAUAGCAAUCCGCCUUAUCACAGCCGCAAACUUUCAUAAUCUGGCAUAAUGUCAACAGAAAACACAAAACAGUCAAUUCUUAUCCUCGGAGCCGGCUGCUUCGGCCUGGCGACAGCGUUUGAACUUGCGCAGAAUGGUUACAAGAACAUCACAAUUCUCGAGAAAGAUGUUGACGUGCCGAGUCGCUUCUCCGCUGCUUAUGAUCUGAACAAGGUCAUCCGAGCUGAGUACGCCGAUGACUUCUACACCCAAUUAGCUCUCGAUGCAAUUAGAAAAUGGCAAUCUGAUCCUCUCUACACUCCUCAUUAUCAUCAAACCGGCUUUCUCAACGUCACAUCCGGCAAAGCAGCUCAAAACACCAAGGGAGCAGUGGAGAGUUACUUCCAAUCCCUGCAGAAGAACCCGGCUUUUAAUGGCCAAACCACACGUGUGAACAGCAGCAAAGAGAUCAAGAAGCUUGUUCCCAAGUUCAGCGGCCCUCUCACUGGCUUCACCGGAUAUCACAACAAACUCGCUGGCUAUGGUCACUCCGCUAAUGCUUUGAGAGCUGUGUAUGAGCAAUGCGUUAAGCUUGGUGUGAAGUUCCACCUUGGAAACAAGGAUGGUGAAGUUGAGUCAUUGUUGUAUGCUUCAAGUCGAGAGGGGACGAAGUGCAUAGGUGCUAGGACUCGUGGAGGUACUAUUCACUCAGCAGAAAAGACCAUCGUGGCCUUGGGUGCCGACGCUGCCAACAUUCUUCCACGUAUUGGAAAACAAAUGACCGGUCGAGCAUGGGGCGUUGCACAUAUCCAACUCACAGACAAAGAAGCCGCCGAUCUCAAGGGCAUCCCCGUCACCAACGUCCGCGACCUCGCCUUCUUCUUCGAACCCGAUCUCAAAACCAAGAAACUCAAAUUCUGCCACAUGGGCGGCGCAUUCACAAACUACUCCUUCUCCAAAGACGGUCUCUCCAUCCCCUUCCCCGAACUAGCAGAUUCGCAAUUCAUGCCUCUCGAAGACGAAACACACAUUCGUCUUCUACUUAAAGAAGUCUUUCCCCAACUCGCAGAUCGACCUUUGAUUGAUCAACAUCUUUGCUGGUUCGCUGAUACAGAUGAUUCGGACUUCAUCAUUGACUACGUCCCCGGCACCAAUGCGACUUUGGCGGUGUUAAGUGGUGAUAGCGGACAUGGGUUCAAGAUGUUGCCGAUUUUCGGAGAGUUUGUGCAUAAGUUGCUUGUGGAGGAGAAGCAGAGUCAGUCGAAGUGGCAGUGGAAGGAUAGUAAGCCCAAGGCCGCGGCUGUUUGGAGGAGUAGUGAGAGUCAGGAACUUGCUGCUGUUCCGCGGGCGAAGCUUUUGCAUAUCGCAUCUCCAAUUGACCCCAGCAUCAAAGAUGUCGCAGAACCCAUCAAAGACACCCUCAAGAUCCCCGACGCAGCAAAACAGCGUCUCGAGAAAUCAGGCAUAGACCUCUCCAAAGGCUAUCCCUACCGUCCCUCUCGCCCCUUGUAUCUCGAUGAUGUCUACAAGAUUCGAGACAAGCCUCGCGAUCAUAUCGACGCAGGUGCUCGAGCUGACAAGUCGAAGAAGAGCCUCUUGUCUGCUGCAACAAAGGUUACUGAUCUGACUGCUUAUAUCGGAACUGAGAUUGAAGGUCUUCAGUUGAAAGACCUUACUAAUCAGCAGCGUGAUGAACUUGCUUUGCUUAUUGCGGAGCGAAGUGUUGUGUUUUUCAGAGACCAGGAUCUUUCGCCACAGCAGCAGAAGGAGCUUGGAGAGUGGUAUGGUGAAGUUGAAGUUCAUCCCCAAGUCCCUCAUGUCCCUGGCGUCCCAGGUGUAAGCGUCCUCUGGCCCGAUCUCAUGGCCACAGAGCGCCCAGCUAGUUUCCGUCAACCUGGCGGUGCAUCGCGCUGGCACACAGAUCUCGUUCAUGAGAAGCAGCCAGCAGGUAUCACUCACCUUCACAACGAUACUAUUCCAUCUGUCGGUGGAGAUACUCUGUGGGCAUCUGGCUACGCUGCAUACGAGAAGCUCUCCCCAGAGUUCCGCAAGAUCAUCGAUGGUCGAUCAGCCGUUUAUCGCUCCGCUCACCCCUACCUGGACCGUGAUCAUCCCGAACAAGGUCCAAAGUAUAUUGAGCGCAUUCAUCCUAUUGUCCGCGUUCACCCUGCAACAGGCUGGAAAGCUCUUUGGGUGAACCGCGCUAUGACGGAUCGAAUUGUUGGCCUUGACAGAGCAGAGAGCGAUGUCAUUCUCAAUUACUUGUAUGAUGUUUAUGAGCAGAAUGUUGAUAUCCAAGUGCGCUUCAAGUGGACGCCUAGAACCUCGGCGCUCUGGGACAAUCGCUGGGACUACAGCGGACGCGAGCCGCGACACGGUACGCGUGUGACCUCGUUGGCCGAGAAGCCAUACUUUGAUGCAUCGGCGCCAACUCGUCGUGAGGCGUUGGGACUGUUGGGAGAUACUCCGCACUACCUCCGUAAGCACUACCAUUGUAGGAGGAAUCGGUCUCCGGUCGUGAACGUUGCCUGCGAUGCGGGGUAUAAAUACCUUCCCGGAAACGUUCUCGAUACUGAGCUAGGUGUCGUAAACGGAACAGCCACCGACCCAUACCUCGUUGCUUUCAAUGAACUUGACAGUGACAAUCCCAAAAACUGGCCCGAAAAGCGAAAAUGGGCCGUAACAAACGUCCUCUCCAUAACAGGCUUUAACCGCAUCCUCGUCUCAACCGUCAUGGCUCCAGCGCUUUCAGUCAUCGCCAAAGACCUCGACAUGACAGCUACUCAAUCCGUCAUGGCAUUGAGCAUCUAUCUUUUAGCAAGUGCUUUUGGUCCUCUCUUCAUUGGACCUUUGUCCGAAGUUUAUGGACGCAAUACUAUUCUCCACGUCUCCAAUAUCUGGUUUCUGGUUUGGAACCUUGCAUGCGGUUUCGCAAAUAACAAGGAGAUGCUUAUCGGUACUCGAUUCCUCGCUGGUUUUGGAGCCAGUGCUGUGUAUGCUCUUGGGGGUGGUGUUCUAGGUGAUAUCUGGCGUCCUGACCAGCGUGGCAAGUCUCUUGGAUGGUACUCUGUCGUUCCUCUUAUUGGGGCCGCAACCGUUAUUGGGGGUUUCAUGACUGAUAGAAUUUCAUGGAGAUGGAUGUUCUGGUCAACGUCAAUGUUCCAAGUCGCCAUGGCUGCUAUCUCAUUCACGACGUUCCGCGAGACAUAUGCCCCCGCAAUUCUCAAGAAGCGAGCGAAGAAACUACGCAAAGAAACGGGUCAACCGUACUACACAUACGCAGAGCGCACACAAGAGGGUAAUUCUUUGACCAAAGUACUCAGCCAGGCCAUGACCCGUCCCCUUCGCCUUCUAACAUUCCAUCCCAUCAUCCAAGUCGCCGCUAUCAUCUCCGCCGUUGGAUACGGUCUUCUCUACAUCGUCCUCUCAAGCUUCGGAGAGCUUUGGACAGCGCAUUAUGGACAGUCUGUUGAGAUAAGCGGCCUGCACUACAUCUCCUGUGCACUAGGUGAACUAGCAGGGUCACAGCUUGGUGCACCUUUGAUGGACUACUGGUUCCGCAGAACAGAACUUCGCCAUGGUCAACAUCUCCCAGAGAAUAGAGUACCACUAAUGGCAAUGGGGGCAUUCAUAGCGCCGAUCGGCUUCGUCGUCUACGGAUGGUGCGCUGAGUUCAUAGUUCACUGGGCUUGGGUUGAUGUAGCCAUGUUCAUCACCAUGUUUGGCAUGCAGAUUUCUGGUAUGCCCUUGCAGGCGUAUUUGAUCGAUGCUUAUCCAGAUCAUACGUCUAGCGCUAUUGCGGCGCAGCAGUUUCCUCGCAGUUUGGCUGCUUUUCUGUUUCCGCUGUUCACGCCAAAGAUGUAUGCUGCGCUUGGAUAUGGAUGGGGAAACAGUGCUAUGGCGUUUGCGGAAUUGGCGCUUGAGUUGGCAGCGCCGCUGUUGCUGUGGAAGGUAGGUGCUAGGUUGCGAGCAAGGGCGACGUCGAGUCUGUGAGUGCUGGGAGCUUCAGGAUGAGAAUAUGGGAGGGAGAUGAGCGGCUGAAAGACAACGGAACUUAGUUCAUUAGAAGUUUGCAUUCUUCUGUCUGCAUACUAUUGUUUUCAUGAAACCCUUGUAGGGCCAUCAACAGACAACACCUAAUUACACGCUUUUCUCUUGUUUCACCUCCAAGAUCAAUAUUCGAACCUCCAUCGAGGAUCAGUGUCACCUCUCCAGUCCUCCACCUCUCCAACAUGCUUAAUCUCCUCACUCAC